AUGGGAUUAUUUUCUGCAGUAACUAGAAUAAGUCCUCUAAGGGCUAGAUUAUCUUGGAGAUUUUUAAAUAAUCCUUCUUCAUUGUUGCAUAUAUGCAUUGAAGCUAGAUAUGACAAUGAUAUUUGGCAAGGUAGUCCCAAACACAAACAUAGCUACUCGGCUGCUUGGUCCAUUCUUUUGGAUGGGGCUACAUCUUUAAGACCAAUAGUUAAAUGGCAAAUUGCCAAUGGAAAAAACAUUAAUGUCAUGAAUGAUAUCUGGUUAAUGGACAAAUGCUUCAGCAAAUGGCCAGUACUUGCGGACUGUGUGGGUCUUAAUGGUUUAUCUUUACAACACUUUAUUCAACAAGAUGGUCAGUGGGACUUGAAUGAAUUAAAUCGGUUUUUCAACAUAGCGACGGUGAACCUCAUUUUACAAAAUUGUGUUAUCAAUAAGGAGUCUGAAGACCAGAUUGUGCCACUUUUUCAACUCUCUGGUAAGUCUAUUACUGCUUUGGCUUAUGCCGAAGUUAUCAAACAUAAUACUCCAAAUGAUGAUUUCGGAUUUUCUAAUUGGUUAAGGAAGUUGAAACUUAAACCAAAGAUUGAAUUUUUUUGGUGGAGAAUGAGUAGAUUUGCUUUACCCACCAACGAAUUCCUGAAGUAUAGAAGACUCCAGCACUCAGAUUUAUGUCCUAGAGGUUGUCCUGAAACCGAAGUUUGCUUGCACAUUGCAGUCCGCUGUAAGCACCUCAUUGACAUUAUCAGUAAAUUGCAGAGUUGGGGGUUUUCUAUUCCAAUUUUUCAUUCUCUAGAUAACUGCUUAUCGCAGCUCAGAAAGCUUGCUAAUGAUCACGUGAAUACAGUUAAAAUUUAUUGUACUGAUGUCUAUUACUCCUGGAAAUGCCGAAAUGAUAGCCUGCACGGUAAUCCUCUCUUACCAUUAACAGUUGUGGCUGCCAAUAUUCUAUCUACUAUAAAAUCCAAGUUCCCAAUGCUAGUUGACUGGGGUGCUUCUCUCCAUUUGGAGUCUAACUCUUCUUGGCACCCCCCACCAUUAGAUUGA